AUGGCGUUUGCGCCCAUGGGGCCCGAGGCCUCGUUUUUCGAGGCCCUGGACCGGCACAGGGCGUCCCUGUUGGCCAGCUUGCGGACAGGCGCCGGGGAGAGCCCUGCCGGGGGCACCCGCGUGGCCUCGAGUUCUGAGGUUCUUACAUCUAUAGAAAAUAUUAUCCAAGACAUAAUCAAAAGCUUGGCAAGAAAUGAAGCGCCUGCCUUCACAAUAGACAACAGAUCAAGCUGGGGAAACAUAAAGUUUGAAGAGUCUGUCGGUUUGCAGAUGAUACCACAGUGCAACACAAGAAAAAUUAAAAGUGAUUCACCAAAAUCAGUUAAAAAAUUUGCUUUAAUUCUUAAAGUAUUGUCCAUGAUUUAUAAAUUAGUACAGACCAACGCUUAUGCAACUAAAAGAGACAUAUAUUAUACAGACAGCCAGCUCUUUGGCAGCCAGACUGUUGUGGACAACAUUGUAGAUGACAUUUCCUGUCUGCUGAGAGUACCAAGGAGGAGUCUGCACGUGUUAUCCACAUCCAAAGGGCUAAUUGCUGGCAAUUUAAGAUUCCUGGAGGAAGAUGGCACCAGAGUGAACUGUACCUGUGGCACCACGGCUACUGCUGUGCCAUCUAACAUCCAAGGAAUUCGGAACCUAAUUACAGAUGCGAAGUUUCUGUUAAUUGUAGAAAAAGAUGCAACAUUCCAGCGGCUCCUAGAUGACAACUUUUGCAGCAAAAUGUCACCAUGCAUCAUGGUUACGGGGAAGGGAGUUCCUGAUUUGAACACAAGACUCUUAGUCAAGAAGCUGUGGGACACAUUUCAUAUCCCUGUCCUCACACUGGUGGAUGCUGACCCCCACGGCAUAGAGAUAAUGUGCAUCUAUAAGUACGGGUCGAUGGCCAUGUCUUUUGAAGCACACAGUCUCACAGUUCCGGCUGUGAGAUGGCUUGGUCUCCUCCCUUCUGAUAUUAAAAGGUUAAACAUCCCUAAAGAGAAUCUGCUUCCAUUAACAAAACAUGACCACAUGAAACUGGACAGCAUCCUGAAGAGACCUUACAUCAGCAGCCAGCCGCUCUGGAGGAAAGAGAUGGAAAUGAUGGCAGACUCUAAGAUGAAGGCAGAAAUACAAGCUCUGACCUUCCUGUCGUCGGACUAUCUUUCCCGAGUGUACUUACCCAACAAACUGAAGUUUGGAGGAUGGAUCUGAAAGCCCAG